AUGGCGUUCCGCACCAUCACGAAUGCUUCGCAGACCUCCACGGCCGCUGGCAGCUUGUCGAAGAAGGAUGACGUCCAAGUUUCAGAUCUCCCAACGGACUCGAUAUCCAAAGUAUCGUUCUCGAGUCAGGCGGAUUAUAUGGCUGUAGCAAGUUGGGACAACAGUGUUCGGAUAUACGAAGUCGGGGUUCAGGAAAGCUUCCAAACUCAAGUAAAAGGAGGCUAUCACCACCAAGGACCUGUCCUCGACGUAUGCUGGAGUACAGACGGAACAAAACUCUUUUCGGGAGGUGUAGACAACGCGGGUCGGAUGUACGACCUAAUUACCAGCCAAACCACCCAAGUCGCACAGCACGACGCAGCCAUCAAGAGUGUUGGGUGGGUAGACACUCCUCAGGGUGGUAUUUUGGUGACUGGGAGCUGGGACAAAACUAUCAAAUAUUGGGACUUGCGAACGCCGAAUCCGGUGGUUACGGUGCAGUUGCCGGAACGGUGUUAUUCGUUUGAUAUGGAUUACCCGCUCAUGGUUGUUGGGACUGCCGGACGACAUGUUCAAAUUUUUGAUUUGACGAAUCCGGGUACGCCUCACAAGACGAUGACAUCGCCUUUGAAAUGGGAAACUCGCGUAAUUUCGUGUAUCAAGGCCUCGGGGAGAAAAGGGUUCGCUAUCGGGAGUUUGGAAGGAAGGGUUGCGAUUCAUCACGUCGAGGAAAAAGACUCUGCACACAACUUCUCAUUCAGAUGUCACCGACGAGAUCUAGUCCCCAACUCGAAGGACCAAUCAUUGAUAUACGCCAUCAACGACAUUUCAUACCACCCUAUACACGGAACAGUCUCUACAUGUGGCUCAGACGGUACCGUCCACUUUUGGGACACUGACGCUCGUACGCGGCUAAAAAGUUUCGACAUUGCGGGUAACUCAAUUUCCACCACUGCUUUCAACCGCGAUGGCUCGAUUUUCGCAUACGCUGUCUCGUAUGAUUGGUCGAAGGGUCAUGUUGUGGCGACGCCGGGGUCUAAAAAUAAUCUUGUGCUGCAUAGGUGUAAGAAUGAGGAGGUGAAGAAGCGGUUGAAGAAGUGA